AUGAGUUCAGAUCGAAACUUCUCAAAAAUCAGAAUUGAGUUACAAAUUAUCCAAUCUGGAACUUCUCAAGAUAUUUCUAUCCCAAAUAUAGACUCCAAACUUAUAGCUUGCAACCAAAACGACAAUUUUCUCAUUCAACCCUUACUUAAAUUUCUAUCAGAUCAUCAUCAAAAUCUAGAGCAUACAAUGGUUUCUUUGUUUUCUAGCAUAAAAAAAGUUUUUGUAUAUUCACUCCACCCCUCCGUGAGCGAAUAAAAAUUUUUGUUCGAUCAUAGAGAAGAGUUAAUUUUUUAAAAAAAUCCCAAUCAGAAAAGUUUUAACUCCCCCCCCCCUCCGUGAGUGAACAAAAAAUUUUUGUUCGCUCACGGAUGGGGGUUAAUUUUUAUUUUUUUAAAAAAAAUUAUAUAUAAAUUUUUAAUUGUAAAAUAAUAUUUUUUUUAUAAGUUGAAAAUUAUUUUAAAAAUAUUAUGGGGGGAGAGUAGGGAAAUUUCCCAAAAAAAAAAAGAAUACCAUUUGAUUAAAGGUAAAACACAGCUUAAUUUUUCAAUAAUUUAAUAAUCAAUAAACCUAUUAGUAAUAAAUAUAUGCAUUCAGUUAAAAUAUUUUAUAUAUUUUCUUAUUUAAUAUAAUAAGCAAAUUCUCUAUAAAAUCAUAAUAAAAAUGUACAAAGGGAAAAGAAAGUACAUUGAAAUUUGGCAGAAAGUUGAAAUUGCUGAAUUUUACAUUCAACACCAAAAUGAGAUGAGCAUGAGAGAUGUUGCUGCAAAGUUUCAUGUCAACUCCUUUAGCUCGAUUUCCGAAUGGGUGAAUAAGCUUGAUGAGUUGAAGAAAUCAGUAAAAUCUGAUAAAAAAUUAAAAUUAGAAAGCUUCACUCAAAUUUCCAGAGCUAGAGAAAGAACUAGUUCAUUGGUUUACUGCAAUCCGUGAGCAAGGUAUUCAGGUUCUCAGAUCAACGAUUGAGGAGAAAGCAAAAAGUUUGGCGGCAGAAAUGGGAUUGGCGCGAUUCGGCUGUGGAGAUAAAUGGUGGCAAGGAUUUAGGACCAGAAAUAAUUUAUCUUUCAGAAAAAUCAAUGCCUCAAGCAUUAAGCCAAUCGAAAAAGAGGCAGAACUUGUCAGGCAAUACCUAGAUGAUUUAGCGUCAUUGCUUCCUCAAUUCGUUCCAUCUAACAUUUACAAUUUCGAUGAAACGAGAUUUGAUUGAGAUGUAAAAAGCAAGUUCACUUAUGAUUCAAGGGAACUCAACGAAUUCUAGGCGUUCAAUCAGCUAAAAUGAACCAUUUUAUCACUGUUAUGCUUAUGAUUAGAGCUGAUGGAGAAAAAAAUGCCUGCUUUGCUCAUUUUUCAAGAGAAAAAUGGCCAGAUCCCGAACCUUGUAAGAGAAAGACUGAAUAUUCCAGAAAAUGUCAUCAUAAAAUCAAAUAAAUCUGGCUACAUUUCUGACCAGAUUCUUAAUGACUACCUCAGAACAAUAUUGAGACGAGAAAACCAACUGCUGAUUUAUGAUCAGGCUGGAAGUCAUAAAACUAUCAUGAUUUCUAAUGCAAUUUCAGAUUUAGAUGCAACCAAAAUUGUGAUCCCUGGAGGGUGCACAAAGUAUUUGCAACCACUUGACGCACUGGUAAUUGCAAAUUUCAAAUCAAAAACAACAGAUUCAGAAUCAAAUUCCAAACAGAGCAGAUUGAAAGAAGAUCGAAAAGAACUGGAAACCUCAAAGCUCUUGAUCGCCAGCAACUGAUAAACAUUGCUUCAAAGGCGUGAGAUGCUGUAAGCCCUCAACUUGUCAGAAAAUCAUUUGAGUUGACGGGUUCUUAUGGCGUUAAUCAUCCAAAGAUUUUCAGCCAUCAAGUUAAUAUGAAGAAGUUAAUUAUCUAAUCGAUUUCUUCUAUUCAUUUUUUUGUCUUAAAUUUAAAAUUGUUAAAUUCAACCUUUUCACUUAUGGUAUUCUUUUUUUUAACCCUUUGAAUAAUAUAUCAAACAAACUUAAUAAUUAUUUUUCAAUAUUAUCCUCUUUAUUUGUAUUAAAUAUAGAUAUAAUAAAAAUAUAUAUAAAAUUAUAUGUAAAAAAAUUUUUGUUCGCUCACGGAGGGUGGGUUUUUGACCAAAAAAUAGGGAUUUUUCUAAUGGUUUUGUUCGCUCACGGGAGGGGGGGGGGGGAGUAAGGCAAAUUUAAUUUAAUUUGAAAUUUAUGUUUUUUAAAAUUCACGCUUUUUAAAUUAAAUAGAAUUAGUUAGAGAUUUUAUUAUAAUAAUUAUCACUUAUAUAUCAAAAUAUUUUUUCAUAAAAAAUUUUGUUCACUAGCGGAGGAUGUGUUUUUACCCAUAAUUUUUUUCCAAUGGAUUUGCUCACUCACAAAGGGGGAGUCAGGAAACUAUCCUUUACCUGGCGACCUUCAGGUUUCUGCAAAUGAAUUCAUUUCAAAUUCCACAAUAAAAUUAAGAUUCCGAUACACAAGAGAUUAUGAGUCAUCAAAAACAGCUCAAGUUGAGCAAGGAGCUGAAGAGGAUAAUGAGUCUGAUAGCGGCGCAAAAGGGAGUAAAAGGACUAAAGAAAGGAAGGUCGGCGUCAUAAUAGAAAAAGUAGCUCAGUGGAGAAACUUAUAUAACGGAGUCCCAAACUCUAACGGAGAAAUGGUUAGGCUGACUUUAGAAGAAGCUGCCACAAAGGUCGGAAUUUCGAAAAAAUCUCUUGAUGACUAUCUGUUACAAUUGAGAUUUGGCAGGAAAUAUGGGUUCAAUUUUGAAGAGCAUAAAAAUGAUAAAGUUGGGCUAUUAAGAGCUUUUGUAAAAAAAUUCAAAAAAAUCCAAUCUGACCUUUCAAAAGUGAAGCCUGGUGAGACAAUUCCAAGUGAGCUUGAGCAGCAGAUAAAUGAAAAAGGCACGCCACUGUGUAAAUCUAAAAAAUGUUGUGUGCCACCUUCUGGGAUUUUAAAGGUUCCAGGACAAAGUUCAAAUUAA